AUGCGGAUACUGGCCUGGCUGCACUUCCCUAUAAAUCUCUUCUGCUUGGGAUACUACGUACUCAGGUGUUGCGCCGCCACGGAUCCAGCCAGAUUCGUCCUCACUUACGGCUCCAUCAUCGACCUUAUAGCCAUACCUCCAACGCUCUUCGCUCCGUUUAUGGCGAAGCGGCACUUGGAUUUGAAUUUUCUUCGAGCCACCUGUCUCUUUAACUAUGUCGAAGUACUGACGUUCCUUGGAAUCAUCAAAUCCAACCGGAGUAUUCAGUCAGCACGAAUCUGUUUUGCUUUGUUCACCAUGUGGAUGGUGGGCAGCGGCUUGAUGCAUGGCGUUGAGCUUCACAGUGCCGAAAGAGAUUAUCCGUUUGUUCAGCACCGCAUCAGGUUCUCUUGCACUACAAACACUGAGCAGGUUUUAGUCCCGUUUCUCACCCUAAAUGAACAAAAAGUUGGGUUCGAAGCUGAGAUGGAAGACCUAUUGCGAUUCAGGAGGCGAUUGUUUCGGUUAAGCGAAAAUAACAUAACGGUGUUGUACAUAUUGGCGUCAUUUCACAGUGGUGGUGAAUGA